AUGGCUGACAGCAGGUUUCCCACUAAAGCCAGAGCGGUCAUUGUCGGCGCCGGGAUCGCAGGCUGUAGCGUCGCCUACCACUUGGCUGAGCUCGGAUGGCGAAAUGUCGUAGUUCUCGAGCAGGGUCCUCUAUUCGAAACCGGAGGAUCGACAUCGCACGCUCCGGGCCUGGUCUUCCAGAUCAAUCCGUCAAAGACCAUGGCAAACUUCGCCAGCUACACCGUGGACCUCUGGAAACGGCUGGAUUUAGACGGAGAGCCAUGCGCGAAGUCGGUAGGCAGCUUGGAAGUAGCCUGGACGCAGGAACGACUCACGGACCUCAAACGCAAGGCUGGAUAUGGCAUGAGUUGGGGUGUAGAGGCGCAUCUGAUCGGCCCCAGCGAAGCGCGCGACCUGAUCCCAAUGCUGUCAGACCGCAUCAAGGGUGCGCUGUACGUUCCCUCAGACAUCCAGACAAAAGCCACUAGACCAGCCGAAGCGAUGGCGAGAUUCGCCGAGUCGAAUGGCACGGCAUUCUACAGCAACGUCGAGGUCACAGGCUUUGACAUUCGGAAUGGCCGUGUCAUCGCUGUCAAAACGAGUCACGGCGACGUUGAGACGGAGCUGGUAGUGGCUGCAGCGGGCAUAUGGGCUCCGAAACUCGGCGCACUGGCUGGCGUGCCAAUCCCGUUGUCCCCGAUGCAGCACCUAUACGCCGUUACGACUCCCCUUCCCGAUUUGGCCGGAGCUACCGAGGAGGUUUCACAGCCGAUCCUGCGGCAUCAGGACGAGUCCCUGUACUUCCGGCAAGUCGGUGAGAGCUAUGGCAUCGGCUCCUACCGGCACGAACCUCUACUGGUAGAGGCGACUGAAAUCCUCGCACAUGACGAAGCUCCAGUCGCUCCGGCUGAAAUGCCGUUCACGCCAAGCCACUUCGAGAAAUCGAUGGCGGCGGCGGCGGAACUGCUGCCAGGUCUCAGAGGCGCCGGACUGACACGUCAAGGGUUCUGGUCGGCCCAGGCGGUCUGGAUAACGCACGCUGGAGGCGUCGGCAAGGCCGUCGCAGAGUGGAUCGUGACUGGCGAACCGACCACAGACCUUCGCGAAUGCGACAUACGACGUUUCCACCCAUUCGCGUACAGCCGCCCAUACGUCCGCGAACGGGCCGCUCAGCAAUACCGUGAGGUCUACGACAUCAUCCACCCGCGUCAACAGAUCGAGAACCCCAGAAACAUCCGACUGACGCCCUUCUAUGUUCGACAGAGAGAGUUGGGAGCCGUCUUCUUCGAGAAUGCGGGUUGGGAGCGGCCGCAGUGGUACGACACUAACGAGGGUCUGCUGGACUCCCUGACCGUUACGGGCGAGUCGCGUUCCGGCUGGGAGGCGCGGGAGUGGUCGCCAACCGUCGCAGCUGAGCACGUCGCAACUCGCGAACGGGUAGCGAUGUUCGACCUCACUCCCUUCGCCAAAUUCGAGGUUACGGGCCCCGGCGCGCUCAACGCGCUCCAACGACUUGCCUCCAAUCAGAUGAACAAGCCGGUGGGAACAAUUACAUACACACCCAUGCUAACAGCCACAGGCGGAUCAAAUGCGACCUGA